GAGAGAGACAGAGAGAGAGCAGCUGAAAUAGGGUGAGCUGGAAUAGCGGGUCACUCUCAGUUGAAGGAUGGAGUGAGAGAGAGCGGGUGUGUUCUUGUUUUUCGCGUGGACUGUGAGGUCUGUGAGUCUCUGGACAUCUAUAGCGCACAUUACACGCAGCAUUUCUGUCUCCGCGCAGGAACACGACAGGCUGACGCUGAUGGGCUGGUUGGGCGUUUGGGCUUUGUCCGUCCUGCUUGGAUCUUCACUAUGGCUGGCUUACGGAGUCCGAGCCGGCGCUGGAGCUGGAACUACAGUGAAGGAGGUUGAAAAGGGACUUCAGGAAGAAAAAUAUGGAGGAGUUGAAAAUAAAGUCAAGCUAAAUGAGGGUCCAUGCAGGAGGACGUACUGUGGCCGGGGUCGGGAGUGUGUGGUCAGGAAUGUAACGGGCCGUGUCGAGUGUGUGUGCCAGGAACGGUGCCACACUUCGUUUGUUCCCGUGUGUGGCUCUGACGGACGUUUUUAUGAGAACCACUGCGAGCUGUACCGCACCGCUUGCCUGCAGCGGAGGAGGAUCUAUGUGGUCCACAGCAAAGACUGCUUUUUCAAAGGCGACACGUGCACCAUGGCGGAGUACAACAAGCUGAAGAGCAUGCUGCUGGAUAUGCAGCCCAGGACCUUCACGGAUGGGGAGGCAAACGCCAUGGACCAGAGGAGGACUCUGGUGGACACCAUGUUCAAGUAUAUAGAUAGAAACCAGGACGGCCGUCUGAGCAGCGAGGAGCUGGCAGAGAUCUCCAUAAAGGAGCAUUUGGAAAACAUCUUAUUGGAGUGCAGCAUGCAAGACCUCCUGCGAUACGACGACUACAACAACGACGGUCACCUGACCCUCCAGGAGCUCUACACGGCCUUCCAGGUGGUUCAGCUCAGUCUAGCUGAUGAUAAGCGUCUGAGCGUCACAACAGUGACCGUUGGCCUAAGCGCCGUGCUGUCCUGUGCCAUUGAGGGCACUCUGAGACCACCCAUCAUCUGGAAGAGAAACGGCAUCAUCCUCAACUUCCUGGAUCUAGAGGAUAUCAAUGACUUUGGCGAUGACGGCUCGCUCUACAUUACUAAGGUGACUACGAUUCACAUGGGGAACUACAGCUGUAACGCAUACGGCUAUGAGGAGCUGUCCCAAACCCACGUGCUCCAGGUGAAUGUGCCUCCAGUAAUCCUGGUCUAUCCGGAGACUCAGGCCCAGGAACCCGGUGUUGCUGCCAGCUUGCACUGCCAUGCAGAUGGUAUUCCAAACCCCAAACUCACCUGGCUGAAGAACGGCCUGGACCUGCAGCCACACGGAUCCAAGCAGAUUUCACUUCUCGCUAAUGGCAGUGAGCUUCACAUCGGUAGUGUGCGUUAUGAAGACACCGGGGCUUAUACCUGCAUCGCUAGAAACGAGGUUGGCGUGGAUGAAGACAUCUCAUCUCUGUUUGUGGAAGAUUCGGCACGUAAGACACUGGCCAACAUUCUCUGGAGGGAGGAAGGACUCAGUGUGGGCAACAUGUUCUACGUGUUCUACAGCCACGGGAUCAUCAUACUGCAGCCUGGCAACUGUGAGAUUCGCAGACGCAUCACGCGGACAGAGAGGAUUCUGGGUAGUGAUGAAGAGCUGUGUCCCAGAACCAUGGGCGUCUCUUCACACGAGUGCGUCUGGGCGUCAGCGGUCAGCGUGAGGGACAAGUACGUGUACGUGACCCAGCCGCUUCACAACAGACUGCUGCUGAUCGACACGCAGGCGCAGAGAGUCGUGCAGGCUGUGGAAACAGACGCCAUGCCCGUCAAACUCUUCUAUGACAAAUCUCACGAUCAGCUGUGGGUCUUGAGCUGGAGAGACCUGCUGAAGUCCCGCUCUACGCUCCAGGUGAUCACUUCUGCAAGUGCAGUGGAGCAGCGUCAGAUCAUUCACACUCCGUUUGAAAGAGUGGAGGAUUUCUACAUCCCUCCCACCAACCUCAUUAUCACCCACGUAAGGUUUGGCUUUGUCUUCUUAAAAUCGGAGGCUGCGGUGCAUAAAAUCGACCUUGAGACCCUCCAUCUCGUCAAGACCAUCAGUCUGAAGAACUACAGCUGUAUUCCAGCCAGCAUGGCCUACACUCAUUUAAGCGGCUAUUAUUUUAUCGAGUGCCAAGUUGAGAACCGUUCGACUCCGAGCCCGCAGCUUCUCAUUGACAGUGUAAGCGACACAGUCAUUGGACCCAAUCCCAACAUCAACGGCCGGCCGUUCGUCUCUCCAGAUGGCCGUUUUAUUGUCUCAGUGGAUAAGCGACGCGGAAAGCUCCAAGUCCAGACCAUCUCCUUCAGCGGCGAGCUGCAGAUAAGCCAUGAAGUGGAUGUCUCGAUUCCACUCGCAGACUUGGAGUUUCAGCCGUCCUUCACAGAGGCCAACCAGUACGUGGUCGUGACCUCUUCAGCUCAGGGCUCGGAGCUGGUUUUCUCGGACCUGGCGACAGGAAGAGCAAAAGCCCUUCAGAACGUCAAGGAUCCGAUUCCAGCCACCAGUUGGCCUUGGGGAGACGCCAAUAGGGUGGUGGUCUCCAGUGGGGUGUUUGGACGAUACUUGGUCACGUCAUCGGCCGAGUCCCUGUUCGUUCUGGACGGCAAACAGAGCGGCCCUCACUGUGAGGUGUCAGAGGUCAAGAGAGGGAACACAGUGGUGUGGGUAGGUGAGGUAUGAGUGGCGUACCGCAGGCCGGUUCUGCAGAGGAUUGCGUCGGCCGACUGGGCCAAAGCUCGGGAAAACCUUUAAGGGAUGCGAAUGGACUUGACCCUAGUAGUGAGUUAAACGAACACAUGUGCGGGUUUCUGUAUAGGUACACACAACAUGCACACACAUUCAACAACAGCGAGAAACCUUAUACAACAAGGGAAUGAAUGAAAACACCCUUCAGUGCAACAGUGAGCUAAUUUAAUGAGAGAUGUAAAUUUUUUGCACUUCCUUGUUAGCAGAAGUAGUGUUAAGCAGCAGACGGGUUAGGUGAUGUUUGAACUAUGCACAAUGCUUUUUAAAGUUUUUCAGUGUUUUUCUUUUCAUUGUGUUCACUUGUGAUAUACAGUCACUGCAGGAAAUGUGUCCAUCAGUGUCACGUCUGUUUAUGUCAGUGUAGAAGAUUGUGUUGUUUGCAUCGUCCCAGUGUUUCUGACUACACAUUUCAACAGCUUAUUGUUUGUUUGUUUUUACAGUUAUUAGUACAAUGCUUAAUAAUAAACAUGUUACAGUAACAUUUAGCAGUUUCCUCUUUCUAAGCCGUUUAAAUGAGAUGACUACUUUCUGUUGUCCUGAAGGCUUUCUGUGUAAGUGUUUGGUUUUUAUGGAGAUACACUUUGGGGACACAUUUGUCAGUUAUUAGUACAACACUUAAAAAUAAACACAUUACAGUAACAUUUUCCUUUUUUUUAAGCACGUGUUGAAUAACUUUAAUCUCAUUGGUGCGACAUCGCCCCAUGAAGCAUGAUGGCAUACCGUGGAAGCUAAAUGAUACCUGGAGCAAAUGGCUCAUUUCCACUGAGCGGUACGGUUCAGUUCAGUUUAGUACAGUACGAUUCAGGACGGGAAACUCUGAUCCGUCUUGCAUUUCCACCACCAACAGUACCCUUACUUGAUAGGCGUGGUGUAUGCUUGAAAGUAGCGAUCAACAUCAUUCUCGUGGAAGAAGAAAGUGACAGUAAACAACAUUGCACAAACAAAGCUGCUGUACGUCCUCCAAAGGCUGAAGGCUGCAAGGAAAAACAGCCAAAAAGUACACAUCGUGUUGCAAUGGUAUUGUGUUGCUAUUUCCCUUGUAGCACACACAAGUGACGAUUCUCUGUCAACCAAUCAACGUUCUGCAGUGAGUGUUCCCUUUCAAGGAGUCAGAAUGUUGAUGCUAUGGGAACAUUAAUACCCACUGCACCAUACUGACAAAUGCCUGUCCUAGUGUGAAUCAUGUCGAGCACAGCUUAGGACAGAAGCACUCAUAAGACCCUGGUGCGGAAUCCAAAUCCCGGCUGUAGAAUCUGAUGAAUGUGUGCUGAGAGGCACAGCCCGCCACAUCACACAUCUCUUGGAGGGAAACUCCUGACAAUAAAGCCUUAGAAGCAGCCAUACUCCUAGUAGAGUGGGCCCUUACGACUAGAGGUGAAGGAAGGUCACGCUGUAGAGCCGUAGUAAUAGCCUCAACAAUCUACUUGCUUAUUCUUUGUCUGGAUGACGAGGAACCCUGUCUGUUUGAACCAAAGAAUAACAGCAUCUGGUCAGUCUUACACCACUGGGCAGAGUGGUGGACGUAACCCUCAAGUGCACUAACUGGGCAAAGCAAGUUAAGUUUCUCUCGGUCCACCAACUGGAAUGGAGGAGGAUAAAGGCCUGCAGAACAACUGAGCGUGCUACUGUAUGUUAGUCUGAACUUUAGGCAAGUAACAUGGUCUCGGACAGGGGUAGGCCAGUUCAGUCCUAGAGAGCCGCUGUCCUGCAGAGUUUAGCUCCAACCUUAAUCAAACACACCUGAACAAGCUUAUCAAGCUCUUCAGGAUUACUAAGGCUAUAGGCAGGUGAGGUUUUGUUUUCAGGGUUGGAGCUAAACUCUGCAGGACAGCAGCUCUCUAGGACCGAACUUGCCUACCCCUGGUCUAAGGUUAAGAAUUGACCCUACCUGGAGCAAACUCUAGGCAGGAGGAGGCAACAGAGAAGGCCUGCAGAUCUCCUACCCUUUUAAGAGAGAUAAUAGUGAACAAGAAGCUGUCUUCAACCUCAACAACAACCAAAUUCCCUCCAUUGGCCCUCUUUAUAAGAAGUGCCAUGGGAUUUUUAAUGACCACAGGGAGUCAGGACCUCGGUUUAACAUCUUGUUACAGAUGUGUACUUGUUACAGUACAGUGUCCCCGUCACUAAGCCGGGGUGUUAGGACCCAUACACAGACCACAGGGUGAGCAGCACCCCCUGCUGGCCUCACUAACAUCUCUUCCAGCAGCAACCUAGUUUUCCCAGGAGGUCUCCCAUCCAGGUACUGAGCAGGCGCAACCCUGCUUAGCUUCAGUGGGCAACCAGUCUUGGGCUACAGGGUGAUAUGGCUGUGGCCAAAGGCAUAAAGUUUCCUCAUGGAGGGAGCUUUAGAGUUUAGGAUGGUCUCAACAACCUCUGUUGAGUUCAGGAGUUGACUCCCCUCAGUGGCCAAACCCACAGCUUCCACAUUUCCGGCCGGGGGUGAUAGAUUGUGCCCUCGGCCUGUGACAGGAGGUCCCUCCUGAUGGAGAGCCAUUCAGGAGAGGCAUCAGAGAUGGCGUAGAGAUAGCCAUCUCGGCCACGUCUGCACCGUGGCGUCCAACUAAAGCGGAGCUGAAUGCAUGAGGGAAAACCAGAGCAGACACUGCAUCAUCUCAUGAGAUGCAAACAAGUCCAUUUCUGCCUGGCCAAACUUUCUCCAAAUCAACUCCAAAAAGAGUAACACAGAGAGCUUACUGAAGACACAGAAGCUGACGCUGUUUGUUCUGGAUAUCCUUUAUGGCUUCCACGGUACACCGUUAUGUGGUGACAUUGCAACAAUGAGAUGGGAAUGAUUCAACACUUCAACACAGAUGCAAUCACGCAGGAACUUUCCCAUAGGGUCAACAUUCUGAUGCUGCAUUGAGUUCCUAUGAAAGGGAACUGUCUAAUAAACAUACUAUAUAAUGUCUUAAUGAAAAUGUCAAAAUGCAACACAAUAAAAGUCAUUAGAAACAGCCAGCAUGAAUAAAAGUUGUGUGUGGACCAUCUUUUGGCUUUUUUGCAUCAGUGAACAGCAAUUCUAUGGAAGCUUGUUUCCGCCAUGGAAUAAAAAUAUUAAGAUAGAGACUUUUUAUCAUCAAGAGUUAGCACAGACACAGAAACAAGAGACAUUUAUCUUACAAUUCUGACUUUUUUUUGCAAUUGCGAGUUUACAUUUCACAUUUCACAGACUAUUUUUCUCAGAACUGUCAGAUCUAAACUCAUAAUUGCGAGUUAUAAAGUAGGAACUGUGAGAUAUAAAUUUUGCAAUUCUGAGGAAAAAGCCAGCUCACAAUUCUGACAUUUUCUUGCAAUUGCAAGUUUAGAUCUUAAAAUUGCUAUUAAAAAAAAAAGGUAAUUGCGACUUUUUUUAUUCUGUGGCGGAAACAAGUUUCCAUAGAAUUCUGUCUGAACACAAGCCACAAAUAGUUCAGAGCAAACUUUAGUUUUGUUAAAGUAUUCCUACAUUCAUAUAUUACAUUCAAACUUACAGCUGAAGAAUAGAAUAAAGAAUAACCCUAAAAGUAAAGUAUAUUUUUGUUAAAUAGAACUAUGCUAUGAGUUCUACUGUGCUAUAUGUAAAAACAGCAUUUGAUCUGGCUCAUCAGAUUUUUGGAGGUCAACAGAAGACUUAUUAGAGCACUGUUGCACUGAACACACAUCAUCACUACUGAGACGACCACAAGCGCAGCUUUAAAUCACCCUGUUUGAGACAAAAUGCCUAAAUUGGCAUUAUAGUGUGCUUUCAAGCUCAGUCAGAUAUGCAUGACUACACUAUUACUCUAGAAAGGCAGAUGGUUCCUCAACGAGCAUCACACUGGACACGAUAUGAUAUGAUCAGUUUAAGGCCCAAACAAACCUAAUUAAACUCAGUGGGCUAACAACCAUUCAAUAAAUGUGCUCCUCAUAUAUUUGAGUUUGUGUCCUUCACAAACCAGAGUCACAGACAUUGUAAGAGUAUAGUUAGAGCAGUGUGAACAUUGUGUGUCCCAUUUAUGAGGGAAAUGGUUUGAACAAAAUAGAAGUUUGUCACAGGAGAAAUGUUCAAAAUCAUGAACGUGAAAUCUGUUUUGUUCAAGAAUAUACUAGCUGCACACAUUUUGUACAAUAAUACAGUAUGUCUUGCACAUAAUAUGCUGUUCUUUUUUUAAAAAAAAAAUCUGCAUUGUGUGUGUGUGUGUGUGUGUGUGUGUGUGUGUGUGAGCAAGCAAGAGUGUGUGUGUGUGUGUGUGUGUGUGUGUUCACAGUUCUUUUUAGCACUGAAAUUCCAGCCUGACUUUUGCCAGCGAGGCAGAAAUGAAGCAUCUUGUGCCUCAUUGAGUCACAUUUAAGUCCUCAUCCAUUUGUCUUCAUUACACUCUAUUGUCCCUAGGCUGUUUCAGCUUGUUCUUGUCCUCAUCAUGUACAUUUGUUCCUUCAGUGUGUUAUAGACCUCUUCAACACCUCAGCCUCUGUUUAUGUGUCAUGAAAACCUUUAUUAACUGCUGUUUGCAGUUGCCAAUCACUAGGUCAAGAACCAAAGGCUUUAUUUGUUAUUAUUUAUUUAUCAGAAAUUUAAAUCCAUGAGUAUAUUCUGAUAUUUUACUUAAUUGAGUGCAUUUUUCAAAUUAAUAUGGCAUUUCCUUUUAAAGUUGAGCUGUCAUGAUGUUGGUCAGGAGCAUCAGAUAAUAAGAAUGUUUGUGUGGUGUAUUUGCUCUGGCUUUUAUUGCUUAAUUAUGUGUAUGUGUAAGAUUUGUUUCUCCCAAAGUACAUUUCGUUUGGCGAAUAAAACCUGAUCCUUAAGUGUGUAUGUUAGCAGCACUUAUUCUUCAGUUUGAUUCACAUAGACAUUAAAUUCACACUAUUACACCAAAACACUCAACAUUUACAUUUCAAUCACAACAAAAUGCCAAGGGCCUAAACUCAAUGACAAGAAAUGAUUUAUUUUCAUUUAUUUGAAAUAACCUUUAACAGUCUUUUAGCUGUCUUUGUGCUGGUUAAUCUAUAUCUCUAUGCAACACAGUUUUCAGCAUUAAUGCAAUAACUGUUGAAAUGUUGAUGUUUUGCAACCCAGUAAUGGCAGUAAUUGCUACCUUUUUUCUUUUCUUUAUUUGAUGAUUUUAUUGAUUUAUUUGUGUCUCUCUUUGUAGUGUAACUGACCACACCAGCAAUGUUCUCGUCUCGUUCUCAGCUUGUCUCGUGGUCAAUCAGCACCAUGUUUUGUUCAUUUGUGUGUGUGUGCGCGUUAUGUUAAUUUGAUUUAAUACGUUGUAAAAUUGUGAAAUGUUACACUUUUCGGGAAGAUAGUGGCUUUACUUAAUUCACAGAUGUGCUUCAUGGGAUGUAGAACAAAGUUGAAAUGUCAUGGUCAAAAUUUUAGUGAACUAAGUAUCUGUUAACCUGUAACAAACAUCCAGAUUCCUGAGGUCCCAGUACACCCAAGUGAUUUAUUAGCAUUGGUUGUGUAGAUACUUUUAUUGUAUAAUGUAAUAUAGUGUUGCCUGGGAUAUAUAUUUCUUCCAGUUUUACAAUAAAAGAUGAGACCCGAA